AUGAGGAAUAUGCUCUUGCAGGAGGUGCAGUGGCUGCCUGCGCCUCCCGCUGCUUGCCAGCAGCAGCAGCAGCGUGGUCGCGACGAGCUCCAGCAGCAGCAGCAGCAGGCAGCGUCGGAUCCCCUCGCUGCAGCGUCCGACUUUUUGGGCUUGAAGGUUCUCGGAGGCGGUGUAGCGACGGCAGCAGCAGCGGCGGCAGCGGCUGCAGUGGCUGCGGAGGAGCAGCCUGUGCCUGCGUCAGCGACUGUCGACGUCGAGGGGUCACUCCCCCCCUACAGCAGCGCUUGGGAGCGCCACUUGGCGUACAAUUAUGGCCUGUACGAUCCUCGCCGCCUUCACAAGGCGCUGACUCCCCAGCAAGUCGCUGCCGACGUCUCCCUUUUCAAGCAAACGCUGGAAACUGCAGAACCCCAAGACGCUUGCAAGUACUUGCAACUCGAGGAAUUCAAGUGUCUGCGCGAGCACCAGGCACACCGAGAUCCGGAGACAGCAAGCACAAAAUGCGUCAAGUGGUUUCAAGAGUGGCGUCAGUGCAAAUGGGAUCAAGACAAGCUGCAGAAAGGCUACGCGUUUGCCGAAGACAGACUUCCCGCGAAGCACAAGCCGUACAUCGCCACGCCAGACACUCAAUACGCCUGA